UCUCCAUCCCUAACACACACUCAUCCUCCCUUGGCCAUUUCCCACUCUCUCACCAUGGCCACUCUUUCCUGCCAACCCUCCGACUUGGCCACCCUCCUCGGCUCGACCGCCACCGCCAACUCCUCCGCCGUGGCCGACUACCUCUGCUCGAGGUUCAACACGGUUGCCGCCACUCUCACGUCCACCUCCUACGCCCUCGACAACACCUACCUUCUCUUCUCUGCCUACCUCGUCUUCGCCAUGCAACUUGGCUUCGCCAUGCUAUGCGCUGGCUCGGUCCGUGCCAAGAACACCAUGAACAUCAUGCUCACCAACGUCCUCGACGCCGCUGCCGGUGGCCUCUCGUACUACCUCUUCGGCUUCGCCUUCGCCUUUGGUGCCCCGUCUAACUCCUUCAUCGGUCGCCACUUUUUUGGCCUCUCCCAUUUCCCUAACCCCUCCACUGAUUAUAGCUUCUUUCUUUACCAAUGGGCCUUUGCUAUUGCUGCCGCAUGCAUCACAAGCGGUUCAAUAGCCGAGCGAACCCAAUUCGUAGCCUACCUCAUUUACUCGACCGUCCUAACCGGUUUUGUCUACCCCAUAGUCUCCCACUGGUUCUGGUCGGCCGAUGGCUGGGCUAGCGCGGCUCGACCCAGUAACCUCCUAUUCAACUCAGGCGCAAUCGACUUCGCUGGGUCAGGCGUGGUCCACAUGGUCGGCGGCAUAGCCGGCUUGUGGGGCGCCUUAAUCGAAGGCCCACGAAUCGGCCGAUUCGACCGUUCAGGCCGGUCCGUAGCUCUACGUGGCCAUAGCGCUUCCUUAGUCGUCCUCGGUUCAUUCCUCCUCUGGUUCGGCUGGUACGGGUUCAACCCCGGUUCGUUUCUAACUAUCUCCAAAUCCUACAACGACGGCCGCCCUUAUUACGGCCAAUGGAGCGCCAUAGGCCGAACCGGAGUCACGACAACAUUAGCCGGAUGCACAGCCGCGCUAACAACGCUCUUCUCAAAACGGCUGUUAGUUGGACAUUGGAACGUAAUCGACGUGUGCAACGGCUUAUUAGGUGGCUUCGCAGCCAUCACAGCCGGCUGCGCCGUAGUGGACCCAUGGGCGGCUGUGAUAUGUGGAUUCGUAGCGGCUUGGAUUCUAAUUGGCUUCAACAAGCUAGCCGAGAAGUGCAGCUACGAUGACCCAUUAGAGGCAGCGCAACUCCACGGCGGAUGUGGCGCGUGGGGGUUGAUAUUCACGGGAUUAUUCGCGAGAAAGGAGUACGUGGCGGAGGUUUAUAAGGCAGGGCGGCCGUUUGGGUUGUUUAUGGGCGGCGGAGGGAGGCUACUGGCGGCGCAAUUGGUGGAGAUAGCGGCGAUUGUGGGGUGGGUGUCGGUGACGAUGGGGGGAUUGUUUUAUGGGCUGAAGAAGGCGAAAUUGCUGAGGAUAUCGAGGGAGGAUGAGAUGGCAGGGAUGGAUAUGACGAGGCAUGGGGGGUUUGCUUACGUGUACAAUGACGAGGAUGAUCCGUCUGGGAAGCCGGCUGGGUUUAUGCUGAGGAGGAUUGAGCCAGCCGAUGGGAGUCCUAGUCCUGUUGACGACCGUUAUCCUUCUGGGAUGGCUGCCGUUUGAUUGAAACGCCGUCGUUUUUACAA